AUGGCGGCAAGCGCGAGGGCGCAGAAGCCCGUCGGCUCAGCGCCAUGGAUUGCAGCAGAGAAGGAAAACAUGGCUGAGCUAGUGGAACAAGAAAUGGAAGAAGUGGAAUACCCUGUCCGACACGAAAUGGACUGGUUAAAUGAACAUAUGACCGAGAUCUUCUCCAAGGGCCAGACAAACUUCGCGGACGUGUUCAAGACGCCGGGAAAGAUGAGAGGCAAAACGCCUCGAACUGCUCGAAAGCGUAUCCCUGAAGAGUCUCGAGUGCCCUUGAGCGAAAUCUUCUCAUCCGCCCAGAAACAAUUAGAAAGCCAAGCAAACUCGAGCCCAUUCAUUCAUCGUGUUGUUUCUAAGCCCGCUCCCGUGGCGGCAUCGCCUGUGCCCCGCACCAAGACUGUGACGGAGCAAGCUUCGCAGCCCGAAUACCCUGAUCUCACCCAAAAUCUGAACUCAUUCCCCACAUAUAACACCGACUCUGGUUAUCAUGGCAUGCCCGAUGAUGAUGAAAUGGUACUCCCUGACGUGCAACAAGAAUCACAGGCUUCGACUCAGCCUUCUACCCAGCCUUUCGAACAAGACGAGCCCAUGCAUAUGGAUACCCAAGAGGUGGACAUUUCGGCUAGUCAACAGACGAAUGAAGAAUCUUUCCACUCCGCACGGGAAGAGGUUCGCUCCCGCGGAGAGACCGUCGAGCCGAGCAAGAACCCAACCCCAACCCAGGAGCGAACAGCGCUUCCGGCCGAAUCGGUUCCCAAAGAAUCUGAGACCGAAAUCAUGUCGACUCCGACUAAGAAAACAAAAUCCAAGUCAAAUAUCGAAAUCUUGGAAACGCAACAGAAUGAGGAUCCUGAACCAAAGGAGAGUGAUCCAGUUGUUUCAAACCCUAAGCCAACCCCAGAAAAGGCCCCGGUGGCCCCGGUAUCCCUGGUAGCUCCACCUAUCGAGACGCAAGAGCCUCACCCAGAGGACGAGGAUAUGGAAGAUGUCGCCGAAGAUGCUAUGAAAGACGAUACAGUUCUCGACAAUCUUGAUGAUAUCGGCUCUCCCUCGGAUGGUUCUACCCCAGAUCGACCAUUCGCCCGAAAAAGCAGCCUGAGCUUCGCUACUCUCCCUGCACGGGAACCUUUGAAGACACGAACAAGCCAUAUUGACCUGGCAAAAAUGAGUACUGCUGGGCGUCCUAGUUACUUUGGCAGGCAAACUGGCGGCCAUAGGAUUCCACAAGCUGCGGCAGAGGAUAAUGCAAGUUCUAGGGCACUAGAAAUCGACAACGAGAAAGAACCAAGUGAAGAAGCGGAUCCUGAGCAGGCUACCAGGAUGCACAGCAAAAAGUCUACUCAGUCCUUGCAUGACAGAAUCAGCAUGCUAGGCAAACUCCAGCCAUCCCGACCCAGAAAGUCAAUCCCAUCCGCUUCUGGGCUACCAGCUGGUCAGGUUCCCUACCCAGAUCUCCCAGCUUCCAAGGCUGAAACCAAGUUUGAAGCUUCGAACCAAGGGGCGUGUGAAACGCUAGCUCCAGAGCCCAUGUCGGUAGACGAUGAUUGGAUCAAGCCUCUAAGCUCUCCCCAAAAACCUGAGCUUUACAAGAGCAAAACCACUGAUGCCAUGGAGAAGCUUGCUGAAUUCGAAAAGGCACGAGCAAUCAACAAAAAGGAUGCGUCGAAAACAGAGCCUGAACGUCCCAAAUCAUCUACCUCGAUGUUCUCUUCGCCCCGACCGCACGGUCACCAACAAAGCGCGUCUUUGACUCACAUCCCUGCUGAUGCAUCUACUACCCCAACGGGCUCGCCAAGGCGCUUUGACGGUCACAUUAGUGCUUCGAAGCUGAAACUGCACUCGAUUAUGAAAUCUGCCAAGGGCUUAUUCUCAAGCACUGGCAACACACCACGGAUGGAACACUCAUCGCCUGAGCAGGCGCGCAUUCAGCCAAUUGCUGACACAUUCACUAAAAACACCAAACAUUUAUCUCAGCCGAUCCCUAUCACCAGUCCUCAGCGUCCUGAAGGCCGCCGGACACGAAGCUCAACCGAGAAAGAAGAGAAACGGCGCCAGCACGAACGGAAAGAGCAGGAGCGCGAGGAUCAAGAAGAAGAAGCGCGUGUUGAGAGGUCUCGGGAACAAGAAAGGCAAAGAGCUCUUCAACUCAAGGCCGCUCAAGACAAGUCGUCGGUCGAGCCAGAAGAGAGAGCCGGCUCAGCCGUGAACAAGACUUCCCAGUCACAGCGCCAACAAUCGCGCGAACCUGAAUCAGCUCAGGAGUCUAGCUCAAGAUUUGCUAUCCCUCAGCCGAAGCAAAAUGACCGCCGUCCUCUCAAACCCACUCGCGAGCCCAUGAAACGUCCAACGCCUCAGCCUAUGUCAAUUCGUCUUGGAAGUACCAUGUCUCGUCAACAAUUACCUGUCCCAUCGUCUUCAAGUGGACGGGAGUCGAGUGUGUCCGUGACCGCCUCUGCCUCUGCCCCUACCACGAAACCAACUCUGAAAAAGAAGGGUAGCAAUACAUCCUUGAAUACAUCAUCUUCUACAAGCAGCUUUAAGAGCUCUGUUUCCAGUCUAACACAAGCCCAGCGCAAGGCGCAGGCUGCCAGCGACCGCAAGAAGGAAGAACAAAAGCGUGAGCUAGAACGCAAACGUACUACCCAACAGCAACAGCAGGAAGAGACCCGUCGGCAAGAGAUGAGAAGCCGUGCCGAAGCUGAACGGGAGCGACAGGCCGAAAGAGAACGUCAGGCUGAACGGGAGCGCCGCGAACGGUCGGCCCGGGAAGAUCCAAACAAAGCAGCCCGUAUGGAGGCGAUCAAGAAGCGACAAGCAGAGAAUGCUCGGAAACAUGGGAGGCAAGGCAGCCAGCAGAUAGUUAACGAGGGACCAAUUCUACCGCACGAGCAGACGUAUUCUCAGUCUUCUCAGCGAGGUGACUUGGGUGCUUCCCGCCCUCCUUCUCGCUUGGGUAGCUCAAUUCAGCCAUUUGGUAGCCGCAGCAUCAACCCGCCCGCACCUAACCCUGCAAAACCGCCAAAGAGAGGCAACGAUGAAACCAGCCAACGGCCAGCGCCGGCUAAUCCUACUAACGUGCAGUCAACUGGCGAGUUCAAGCGGCGAAAGACAGAGGAUGAGCACAACCCUAUGCCGCCUAUGCGCACAAUGGCGCAGCCUAUCCGUCAAUCUAAUAUCAGAAAGCCUUCUACCCUUGGCCGCGGACAGUCUUCCAUGGCACCUCAGCCAGCCUCUUCCAGCUACAGAAAUGCUCAACCUCAGCGACCCGCUCACCCGAUAAUCACAUACACGAACGGCAAAAUACCAUUUGCGGAACCAAAUCAAGCACCUCCUCCCAGUGCACACAAGGCUGCGCCCAGCUCCGCCCAGCGCCCACCAGCCAAGCCAUCUCCGAAGUACCCCAAUGGUGAAAAUAUCCACUUGCCGGAAAUCAACACUGAUAGUGAAGAUGAUGACGAUUCUGACUCCGAGAUGUUCCCUGUUCCUCCGUGGGCACAGGCGAAGGAGCUGGAGGGUCUUCUCCGGAAACAGGAUGGUAUGGAAGUUGACUCGAUCUUCGGACCAAUUGCACCAUUCUCUCUUGAAGAGACCUUUAAGGCGGACAAGAAAAUCAAGAAAUACCGUGACCGCACCAGCAGUGCGAACUGGUCUGGACCCGAUGGACUUACUCAAGAGGAGAUUCGGAAGGAUGUUGCCGAGCGACAGCGGUUGCGCCUCAAUGGUGGUUGGAGCUUCAACACCUAG